ACACGGCCGCCGGCGUGCUCAUUCCGUAGCAGACAGCUGCCCAGACCGGACGCGCGUGUAUUCGAACGACGUUGAAAAGGCAACGCACGCCGGAGAUCUACCCGUGAAACCAACACGACGUGUAUGCAGUUUUCCAGUCGACGCAGCAGCGAGAACAACCAACGGAGAGACCGAACCCGUUCAGCGACAACCGAAAACAGAACAUAAAACGCGAACGCGCCAAAACGAUCGAUCAGAUUACGAGCGGACGCGCGCGCGAUCGAACGGGCCAAGAUUUUUCUCGAAUUUACGACCACUGUCGCGACCAGUCGCAACGUCGUGCGCUUUUAUCGCUGAGGUCGGAUCGUCGUGUCCAGUGAAGCGUAGAGUGCCGAUCGACCCGUUGGGAUAAACCUUCUGGACAGGUCUGUCGAGGGUUUUAAGCACGGGACCGCGACCAGUUCGAACUUUCCGGAGAAACGGUGGGAGAAAGACGGCGGCUAGAGGCGCACAGCGUGAGAAACGAGACGGUACUUCGAGAGGGAUAGAGAGGAAGAGAGUGCGCGCUCACGAGUGCCGGCUACCGAGAUGGCGUUUAUGAUGCCCGUGGUGAAAAACGAGUGGGACAUUUACAAGACGAAUCGCAACCGACGGUCCUCGGAGUGUUCCAAUCCCCAGGCCUGUCGCAGCAGAAAGGUGUCGGAAUGCUCAAAGUCGGAGGGACCGUCGUUGUCGACGUCGCCGGGUUCCGACUUCCUGACGUCGCCGGCCCACCGUUCGGUGCCUCUGACGUCCCGACAUUUCUCGAGGACGUCGUCGAGAGCGUCGCAGAGCUCGUUGCAGAGCCCGAGCAAAAGCACCGGUUCGUCGCCGCCGAAGACCGGCAGCUCCAACUCCCUGAACAAGUUCCACAAUCGGCUGGUGGACAAGCUGAAGAGAUCGCUGAGGAAGGCAGAGGAGUGCGGGGAUGACCAGCGAAACUUGUCGUGAAACAGCCAGGGGGUUUUGGGCCGGCCACCGAUCCCCGGCUCGAAACCGAUCGAGAUCCGACGCACCUCCGCACCGGUUACCGCGUCCGAGACGAGCAGCGACGCGGUGGCACGAUCGUGCCCGGAUCCGCCGCCUUCGGCAUGGUAGACGACAGCUGACGAACCGGAAGACGAAGGGAGAGUCCCGUGAAUCCCGAUCGCGGCCAACGACGAUCGACUCUGUGACGAGUCACUGGGCACGGCCGAUCCGGAGGAUCGCGGCCGUCGCGAAUCGAUCGGAGGCUCGCGAAACACCAGCAACGGGAAGAUACAGAAAGAAGUCGGGGACCCCGAGAGAAGAUGUUCGAGGUGGACGAUCGCGUUGGAAGAGUUCCAUGGAUUCGUCGGAGGGUACCUCCGAUCUCCUCGCCCCGGAGGAGGGCGAUUCCAACAGCCGAAUAAACCAGUGACCAGUAGGUUGCCGCGUGCUUGCUCUCUUCUACGUUUCUCCUUCGCCGAAAUCGCAGAGGCAUCGUUAGAUACGCAACCCCGAGUUUCCCUCUUUCGUUCGAUGAGAUACCGUUUCGGAUCGUUGUCACGGGAGACGGCCGACGAACGACGCACGGAGGAUGAUCGGAAGAAAAUCGUUUACGUGUUUAAUUUACGAUUCGAUGCACGCCGCGCGCUUCCCUUCCCAUCCGUCUGAUCUUGGCCGGAAUAAAUCGCGAUCGUCGCGUCAUUCUUUUGGAUAACUGUGAGAAUCUGUUUAGGAUGACGACAAGAAGAGAGAUUUAGUGUGAGAGAGAUAGAAAUGGGCGAGGAAUCUCUGCGAAGGAGCGGUCGAGACCCAUGGAGAGCUCCUUCGCGAGCGAAGAACGCAAGGACGAGCACCGCCGGGUACGGAGACGCCGAACCAUCGUCCAGGAAGAACCCAGGUACAUAAUUGCCGACGGAAUAUUCGACCUCGAUGUCCGGGGUGCACGUUCAGAGGUGUAUACAUAUAAUACGUAUAUCGCGUUGAUUUGGCACGCGUCAGUCGCAACGGUACGUAACCGCACGGGAUCGAUCACAGGAUCUCAGCGUCCGGACCUAAAAGUUCCUUCGUUGUACAUUAUCGCGCGUAUAUAGAAUCUUAGCACUGUGACGGCCGCAACACCCAUUCUUUUUUUAACGUUCGAACAUACUCGACCAAUCUCUUCGAGCCAGAUUUACGGAAACCAUUAAUUUUCUUCGAUAUUAUUUCUAUCGAUCGUAUCGAGUUCUAUUCGAAUAUGCACGCUUUGAAAACCUCCCGAUAAAGAACGCCUCGACCCGCUUUCUGGACUGACCGACGUUCGUAGACCAAAAUAUUGUACGAAAUUCGGAACGUAGACGCCACGAUGAACGUACCCGUACGACUUAAACGGAAAGAGACUCGAGAAGUCGAAAUAAGUUGGGGAUCGCGUGUGUACGCGACGCACAGCGGCCGUCAAAGUGUUAUCGAAGACUUAUGUAAGUGUUGCCACGCGACUUUUGCUUUUCGCUGUUUUGAAAACUAACGAUUAGUCGGGAGCGCGUGAAUCAGAUCGUCCCGUAAAGAUCGUGCGAAUCCUAAUAUUAAUAUUUACGUUUCGAUGCGAUAUAUCUCUCGCUGCCGGUAGCAAUGAUCCCUCCCUCUCGUUCCGAGUUCUCUCGUUAAUAACAUAUUCCCCGAUCGUUAUCGAAAAUGUCUCGCCUUUUAAUCGUUUAUCACGCAAUUGGUAACCAUGAUGAAUAUGUUUUUGAAACAUUAGGACACGCAGAAAAGAAAGAGCGACUAAACGGGGGCGUGACUCGCGUCGAAGCGAAGGGGGUUCCGGUAAGAGCUUCUCGCAUACGGACGCAACCGGAAACGCUCGUUUUCAUCGUUAAGAUUACUUGCUGCCUCCGAAGGGGAUGCGCGAGCGUGUGCGCAAAAAAAAAAAAAUACUGCGAAGGAAUGCACAGAGUCGCGAUUAUUGCGUACCACACUUACACACUCGCGUUCCAGAGUUGGGCAGUAAUUCGUAACAAUAGACUCCCCUAUAACGCGAACGAGACAACAUCUUUCGAACGAUUAUUAUCGUGCCAACUUUUAUUUUCAACAAUGU